AUGUUUCUAAGUUUAAAACAAUUUCGCAAAUAUCUUCUGGACCCAUGGGGGUCAAAAAAGAAAGAAGCACUAAAUUUCAUGAAACAAUCGGUAAAAGCAUUCAGUGAUGUUGAAAAACAGCUUGGUUUGAUUCGAAACAAUGAUUAUUCCAGUGAGAAUUUAGAACAAGAAGAAAACAUUAUGGAGGGUUACUAUCAACAAUGGAGUCAUUGUACUUUACUACGGCUAGACAAAAGUUUUUUCCCAGAUUUAUAUGAUAUGAAAUUACGUAUUUACUGUUUGUACGGGAAGGUCGCAUUUGAAAAUAAGAAGUUCAUUUUGGCUCGUGAACAUUACUCAAAGGCAUUGAAACUCAUAGAAGAGAAGUAUGACUCUGAAAGCAAAGAGACAGUACCAAUUUAUCAAGUUCUUGGUCGAAUUGAAGAAUGCAAAACUGGUGAUCAAGAUAUCGAAAACGCUGUAGCCCAUUUUGAUAAAGCGUACGAAAUUUCUAGAAAGAUUAUCAGUCUGUUUUCUACAAAUUGUUAA